CGGCGUGACCCCGAGAUGGACGACGGCGGCGGCGGCGAGGGCGGCGGCGUGCCCGAAGACCUGUCAUUGGAAGAGAGAGAAGAACUUCUGGACAUCCGUCGGAGGAAAAAGGAACUAAUUGAUGACAUUGAGAGACUGAAGUACGAGAUCGCGGAGGUGAUGACGGAGAUCGACAACCUGACUUCGGUGGAGGAGAGUAAAACAUCCCAGAGGAACAAGCAGAUCGCCAUGGGCAGGAAGAAGUUCAACAUGGACCCCAAAAAGGGGAUCCAGUUCCUCAUCGAGAAUGACCUGCUGCAGACGGCACCCGAGGAUGUGGCCCAGUUCCUGUACAAAGGGGAAGGUCUCAACAAGACGGCCAUCGGGGGCUACCUGGGGGAGAGGGACGAGUUCAACAUUAAGGUGCUUCAGGCCUUCGUGGAGCUGCACGAAUUUGCCGACCUGAACCUUGUCCAGGCUCUGAGGCAGUUCCUGUGGAGCUUCCGGCUGCCGGGGGAGGCGCAGAAGAUCGACCGCAUGAUGGAGACCUUUGCUGCCCGCUACUGCCUGUGCAACCCCGGGGUCUUCCAGUCCACGGACACGUGCUACGUGUUGUCAUUUGCCAUCAUCAUGCUGAACACGAGCCUCCACAACCACAACGUGCGCGACAAGCCCACGGCCGAGCGCUUUGUCACCAUGAACCGCGGCAUCAACGAAGGCGGGGACCUCCCUGAGGAGCUGCUGCGGAACUUGUAUGAGAGCAUCAAGAAUGAGCCCUUCAAGAUCCCGGAGGACGACGGCAACGACCUGACCCACACCUUCUUCAACCCCGACCGCGAGGGCUGGCUGCUGAAGCUGGGUGGGCGCGUGAAGACGUGGAAGCGGCGGUGGUUCAUCCUCACCGACAACUGCCUCUACUACUUCGAGUACACCACGGACAAGGAGCCCCGGGGAAUCAUCCCACUGGAGAACCUCAGUAUCCGGGAGGUGGAAGACCCCCGAAAGCCCAACUGCUUCGAGCUGUACAAUCCAAGCCACAAAGGGCAGGUGAUCAAAGCCUGUAAGACCGAGGCGGACGGGCGCGUGGUGGAGGGCAACCACGUGGUGUACCGCAUCUCCGCCCCCAGCCCCGAGGAGAAGGACGAGUGGAUGAAAUCCAUCAGAGCGAGUAUCAGUCGCGACCCCUUCUACGACAUGUUGGCAACAAGGAAAAGGAGAAUUGCCAACAAAAAAUAACAUUCCCGGUCCGGACGGGUCAAAUGGCAACCAAAGCCCCACAGCAAAAAGUGACUGCAGCGCCCUCCUGGGGCCGACGGGGACCACAACGGGGGCCUAUGGACGCCUCUUCCAGAAGGUUCCAGAAGGCAAGAGCCCCGCUGCGCACUCGGGCCCUGGGGAGUGGGUGCCAGGGCCGCCGUGCCCAGACUUGACCUCCUGUCCACUGCGCGCGAGGAGGGGGCUGCCCGGCCCUUCUAGAAGAUUCCCCCGGUGCAGCGCCCGCACUGGGCCGGGAAGGGCUGCGAGGUGGCCGCGUGCGCCCGGGGACCACCUCGGCCCGGCGCGGGGGACCCUUCUAGACACCGCAGGAAAGGAAGUUUUUUAUUCAGAAUUUUUUUCUCAGAUAUAUAGGAUUAUAGCUUUUAUAUGCUUUUUAUAUUCCGAAAUUAUAAUGAAAGAUACUUUCUAACAGUAGUAUUUUUAGAACGGCAGCUAUAAAUUUAAUUCCGGACACGCGCUCACUGUGCGCCGCCCGGCCCUGGCGCCCGGGUUCGGGGAGGGCGUGCACCGCGCCCCCUGGCGCCGCGCGGCGGAACAGCAGCCUCUGCUGCGGAUUCCUCUGGCCAAACGGCAGGAUCAGCGCGACCCGAAAUCCCCCCCCACCCGGCCUGCCCGGUGCUGCAGAGUGGACGUAGCUGGAAACGGGCCGUCUUUGGGGGGUCCUGCCCCCCUAGGAGGGGGCAGGCGCAGGCUGGGGCGGCCGUGAGGCACUCAGGGUCCCUUUCCUGCGGGGCACAGCCCAGCGCACGGGUGCUUGCACGUUUGCCAAAGGGAGGCGGGCCCUGUGCUGCUCGGCCCGAGGGAGCCCGUGCGGGGGCCCGGGCCGACCUGCUGUGAGGUGCCUCUGGCUGCUUUACUGGGAGCUUUAUUUCGCCCCUGGCCCCUUGCCCAGGUGGGCUCCAUGUGGGCUCUUCCCGCAGAGCCGCCCGGCGCCACCCUUCGGGUGAGGGUGAGGGGCUUUCCCCUCUGGAACCCCUGGGCAGGAUGUCAUGUUGACGCGCCCAGGGGUCGGCCCCUCUCUGCAGCAGACCCCCUUUCCGGCUCAUUCCAAGCUAUCUAGCUAAGGACUGCACUGAUACCUCGAAUUCUACUGUCCAGUUUCUAAGAGAGACGGUCAGUCGCAGGAUGUCUGACUGGCUAUAUGCAACUCCGCCUCCAGCCUUCCAGGGACACCCCGCGGCACCCCUCUCUUCUCUGCCCAGGUAGGCCCCGGGGAUGCAGGGCUUCCGGUGCACGGCACCGGUUGGUCCCAGAGACGAUGCAGACGGCCACGGUGCUCACACGUUCCCUGCCAUCGAGUCUUCCGUGAUGCCACUGACUCCUGGUUUUGUCGUGACAGUAUUAAGAUGACAGGCACACAGCCAUUUCCCCCUCCCCCAAUGGCCCACCGGGGCAUGUCACUGCCCUAGUGCUCUUGUCUGGCCACAUCUGAGCUCACUGCUCCAUUCCUGACCCAACGAUCCCUGGAAAUGGGGGUUAAUGGGCGCCCCCUCCCAGGGAGCACCCAGAGGUCACAUGGUGGUUUCUCAUUGUCUUAUUCCUAGAAAACCUUUUUACUUCCAGUAAGUCUAGUUUCCGUGUAAAUAGAGUGUGUACAUAGAGAGUGGUUUCUGAGGUGUGUUAUUCAUGUAUAUACGCCCGUAACUUGCAUGAUGGAAUAUCCUGUAUCUAUUGCUAUUUUAUUGUAAAGUGAAGUCAGAGCGGAGGGCGUAUGGCUGUCAAACUGCAAAUACUGUGCUCAUGAAAUAAAAAUCAUAUGCGUUGUUAAAGAA